CAAGUUCUCUGACACAACCUGCAGCCUCCUAGCUAGAAUAAAGCAUCCUCCUGAAGAAGUGAAGAGGUAGCCAGACAUGGCCUCCUCCAAGUUGUUUCUUCACUUUGUUCUUCUCGCCUUGAUCGCUUGUGGGGCCGUGGCUUCGGAUCCCAGUCCUCUCCAGGACUUUUGUGUUGCUGACAAAGACUCACCUGUACGGGUCAAUGGGUUACCAUGCAAGGAUAUGAAGGAUGUGAAGGUAGAUGACUUCUUCCUUGCAGCUAAUCUGGACAAGCCAAUGGAUACUACUCUGAAUAAGGUCAAGUCAAACGUCACCCUGAUCAAUGCGAUGAAACUCCCAGGUCUGAACACCCUCGGCAUCUCCAUGGCAAGGAUUGAUUACGCUCCUCGAGGACAGAACCCUCCACACACACACCCCCGCGCCACAGAGAUCCUAACAGUUCUUGAGGGAUCCCUCUAUGUUGGCUUCGUCACAUCUAACCCUGACAACAAAUUCUUCAGUAAGAUGCUCAACAAAGGAGACGUUUUCGUGUUCCCGCAGGGCCUAAUCCACUUUCAGUUCAAUCCGAGCUAUGACAAGCCAGCUGUUGCCAUCGCUGCACUGAACAGCCAGAACCCUGGCGCGAUAACCAUUGCCAAUGCUGUAUUUGGAUCCCACCCACCAAUCGCAGAUGAUGUUCUUGCUAAGGCUUUUCAGGUGGACAAGAAGGUUGUGGAUUGGCUUCAAGCUCAGUUUUGGGAAAAUAACCACAACUAAGUUAACAUUUCUUGUCAUGGUUUAUGUUUAGAUGUGUAACCAAAACUGUGCGUGCUUGAUUUUUCUAUGUGAUGUAGCAAACUGGUUAAGUUAUUUAUUUAUUUAUUUUCAGAUUGCGCAAAACAAUAAACGUCCUUAUUUGUAAUAUCUAAUGAUGUAUUGAUUAGAGUGCUGUUAAAUUAUUAUAUGCUUUGUUC